AUGCCGAGCCGACAACAUCAGAACUGGUUGCUGGCGGCCCUAUCAUUAUCACUGAUAAACAUUCCGGCCGGCAGCGACGCGGCCUACAACUUCUCGGUGGUGAACAAGGCACCGAUCACCACGCCGGGGGGUUCUCGUUACGCCAACGAAAUCGGCGGCGACGAGUACAGCUGGUUUGCGAUGUCCGAAGCCGCGGAUGUCGUUGUGAGCGUGCUGGGCUUCUACGAUCCCAAGCCCGUCACCCAAAUCAGCCUAAUCAUCGAGGAAGACGAUAUUGUUCACGCUGGUAACGAGGGCUGCGCCUAUUUCAGCAACGGCAGCAACAACAUCCACGUUAGUGGGAGGUAA